CUAUAUUGCGAAACCUGCCGGCGAUUAUCCGAACGAAAACACGACACUAGCGUAAUAUUUUCGUUGGUUUUAUUUGUAAACGGCGCCGUUUUUAAAGACUCGAUGUAAUUAUACUACGCAGUAAAUUUAUGACUACGCAAUAUUUGUGGAUUUUUUAAAAAAUGACAUUACGACAAAUAAUCUUUUGUGAAUAAAAAGAUGGCAGACGACUUCGAACGAGAAAGAAUCGAGAAAAUGGACAAAGAAACAAAUUUUUCUAUCAAUAAAAAGUCUACUGAUGAAAAAAUAGAUAUUGGUGAAGAAGAUGAGAAAUCAAAUGUAAAAUAUGUGCUUCCUGUUAUACGAUUUUCAACAAUUUUCAAAAUUAUUAUAGUUAUAGAUUGGAUCGUUUGCAUUUGUCUUUGGCUUGUUGGUGGUCAUGGGACAUACUUUAUUAAAAACAUAACCAGUUUUCAUUUCACACAAUCAGUGCUUGAUUUAGCCUUGAUAAACACAUUUCAAGCAAUAUUUCUUGUCAUGGCCAUUGACUACUUAGAACAUUUAUAUCUUCUGUUAUUGGAUAGUCCAUUUAAUGGAAGUUUACAGAAAAAGAAGAAAAUUGUAGUUAUUUUAAUUAUUUUUCUUUGUAUAGGGUGUUUUGCAUAUUCUGCUACUAAAGGAAUUUGGCUUGGAUUAAAUUAUUUUCGUUCUGCAUCUUAUGUUUUGCCUCAUAUUAGUUAUAUUAUUUUAAUAUAUUGGACUGUAGUUAUAUCUGUAUGUAAAUUAAUAAGCAUCAGUAUUUAUCCAUUUAAUUUGAAACAUCUUGGAACUUUACGCAGAAUUGUUACACCAACAGAUCCAAAACCAGUGACAUUAAAACGAUUAUUUCUUCUUGUUAAAUCAGAAAUGAAUUUAAUUUUUGCUGGUACUUUAGCAUUAUUAGUAUCCAGUGGAACAACUACAAUAGCUCCUUUCUAUUUUGGAAAAAUGAUUGAUGCUGCACAGAAAUCUUUAGAAAAGUUAAAUGAAACUGUUCUGAUUUUAUUAAUGAUUUAUCUAGUUGGAAGUAUUGCAUCAAUGGUGAGAGCAUGGCUUUUUACACUUGCUGGUCAAAAGUUUGUAGCACGACUUCGUAAAACUUUAUUUUCUGCUAUGAUAAAUCAAGAAGUUGCAUUUUUUGACACUAACAGAACAGGUGAAUUGACAAAUCGCUUAUCAUCUGACACACAAGUUAUCCAGAAUUGUGUCACGGUAAAUAUAUCUAUGUUAUCAAGAAAUGUUUUUCAAGCAAUAGGAUCUAUUAUAUUUAUGUUUGUUCUUAGUUCUCGACUGACUGGAGUCUUAUUAGCGGUCGUUCCUCUUGUAUCUAUAGGAAUUGUAAAAUAUGGUUCAUAUGUACAGAAAGUUAGAAAAGAUUUCCAAGAUGCUUUAGCUUCGGCAAGUACUGUGGCUGAGGAAAAUCUCUCCAGUAUAAGAACAGUUAGAAGCUUUGCAGGAGAAGAUAAAGCUAACAAAUUAUAUUCUAAAGAAAUAGAUGUUAGUUAUGGUUUAGGAAAGAAACUAGCCUUAGUUCAAGGUAAUUAUAUAUAUUGUAUAUAUUUUUUACUGUAAUGAUUACAAUGAC